UUAUGGUCACUUACUUGACAGUUAGUUUAAAUGUGUGAUUAAUGAUAAAAUAAGUACUUUUGUAUUGAUCAAACUUUAGCGUUUGCUGAGUAAUCAUUUUAUUCACUGAUUAUUUUUCUUCCGCUGUACAUAUUUUUUUAUGAGCGAGAGAAAGUUUUUCAAAACCCCCAUUUUAAAAUGGACAGUUGUAUAACAGAACUAAAGAAAUUAAGUAACAUACAAAUUAAUCUUGAAAUAUCCGAAACAGCUUUUCAAGAGUUUAUGGCUAAGUAUGAAUCAGAAAUAUAUGCUUUCUAUUCAUCGUUAAAGCAAAAAAGAGAGGCUGAAAUAUUUCAACUGAGAAGUAAAAUUGAUUUAAUACAGUCACAGUUCAAAAAUAUUCAUCUUCAAACUGAAAAUAUUCAAAUCUUGAAUUUACAGAUGUUAAAGAAAGAAAUGAUAGACGUUCAAGAAAAUGUACAACAACUAAGACAAGACUGUAAAAUUAAUUUGGAAAAUUUAAAUCACGAAGAAAAGUUAAUAACAGAACAAUUAUGUAGUUAUGAAAAUAAACUCUUAGACUGGGAGAAAACCAUCAAUACCAAUUUAAUUUAUCUAAAAGGAAAAAUGCCAUCUGCAAAUAGAAAAAAAUUUGCUUUUGAAGUAAAAGAAUAUUUGGAUUUUGUUAAUCAGUUUGGACUUGAAGGUGGUUGGGAAACUGGUGAUCACAGUUUAUUUCUCAAAGUAAGAACUAAAAUCAAAGAACCUCAAAAAACUGCAAAAUAUCUCAACUCCCUAAUGCCAGAUAAAAGCAUAGAAGUAAUUUUAGAGCAUGAAAACUGGUAUCAAAAAUAUCUUAAUUUAAAAGAGAAACAGCGGAAUGUAAUUAAGCAAUGGAGAUGUCAAACUGCCCCUACAGUGGCGGGAAAAAAUGAUUUGAAACCAACACUAAAUAUCUAUCAUAAAGAAGAAUAUAACAGAGAGAAAAAUAUCCAACGAAUUAGUAAAUGGAAGGAUGAGAAACAAAAACUAUUAAUUAAUAAAGAAAUGGAAAAUCAGAAAAAUGUAGAACUUCAGAAACAAAUCGAAGAGAAGAGGAAAUUACAAUACAAAGAAAAAAAAGAAAAAGUAGCUGUAUGGAAAAUAGAAAAAAAACGAAAACAUUUGGAAGAAAAAUUACGAAAUGAAUUAUUGAAAAAUAUUGAGAAAGAACAAAAGUCUACAGAAGCUUUAAAAGCCAUUAAAUUAUUUCAAAGUAAAGACGAUGAAUUUAUUGAGAAAAUGAAGAAGAAAAGAACGAAACAAGCAAAAUCUACUAUUGGUCUAAUAAGAGGUAAAAUAUCUGCCCCAAGAGACCCAGAAAGAUUAUUUAAACCUACAAAGCAAUGGAUGCAAAGAUCAAAAAGAAAAGAAAUCCGAAAGGGUGCAGUUAUAACAUUCCCAAUGGAUAUUAAGCAAGUCCCUAAAUUAUGCUUGCCAAUGUGGAGGAAAGGAGUUCCAUUAUUACAUUAAUAUUAAUAAAAACUAAACAAGUGUGCUGUUUUCAAUAUCACAUUUUCAUAUAUUUUUCAAGUGACUGGUAUAUGUUUUGUACACUCUUUUUAAAAAUAUUUAUAACACUUAAAAGCCUUCAGUAUUACUUAUUACAAAGAAAAUUAAAAACCAGUCUUUUAUUAUUAAAUAGUCCAUUAGUGUCUAA